CCUGGCGUGAACCGACCCCGGCGGACCGGACCCGAUGUCGUUGGUAGCCUACGACGCCUCAUCCGACGAGGAAGACGCCGGCGAGCCUCCCGCCGCGGCGGCGCCCUCCCCUCCACCCGUAUCCUCCGCCAUCGGGCCGCAGCCCAGGCCUCCGUCCCCUUCGACCGCGGUGGGCGCAGCUCCUCAGCCUACUCCGCCGCCGCCAGCACCCAGCCAGAGCCAGAACAUAGCACCCAUCAGUUCGAGUAAUGUCGCCCUGCCCACUCCAUCAUUAGACCUCCCAGAUGUUGCAGAUCUCUUUGCCCCCCCUGCAGAGAAUGCAUCAAGGAAGAGAGAAUCAAAUGGAUCUGCUCUUCAUGACUCACGCAGUAAAUUUCCAAGGAUGCAACCACAACCCCGAGGCGUAAGAAGUGCUGCAGGGAACUCUCUAAUUCCUCCACAGCUUCGUGGAAGGAGCAACAUUGUUACUGAAGAUAUGAGCAAACUGUUUGUUGCUAAACGAAAAGAAUAGCAUUUUAACACUUCCUGAACGUGAACCCAUAUUCGGAUUUCAUCGACACAUGUACUGCCUCCCAUAGUCCCAUGGAUGCGUGGGCAUGAUGGAAGGAUGUUGUUGAAUCCUCGAGAAGAAGGAUGCUAAUUGUACUUGCAACCUAGAUUCCAGACCACAGUGGGUUGCUCACUUGCAUUUACGGUGCAAGGAUGCUACAUGCCUGAUGUAGUGAUGUUGGAUGCAUGUAACUCUGUCAGUGUCAGGGCAAACUAGAUGCUGUCACCCUGUUAGGAGUUAGGACUAGAUGCAACUCCAUUUAUCUUUUCAUUGGUGAUGGUCAUGUAUCCUCCCCUGUUCUAGUGCCUGGUUAGCUUUGUUUCGAGACAUGCGUUCAUUAUCACCGUGCUCUGGUUUGGGUUGAGAUCGUUGAGUUGAUUAAGCUUUUACGUGAGUAUAUAA